GAUUUGGCUCAUGCUGAACAGAUAAUUCACCGCUAUGAAGGGUGAGGAUACGACAGGAGUAGCUGGGUACGAGACCCUCUCACUUCAGUGUACAUAUGAGAGCACGAAGUCGUGUAUAUAUAUUCCACUCUACACCCACUAGGACUCAACCUCCCUUUCGACCUUCAUUUUGCACGCAGCAGUGUCAUGUUCCUUGAUUGGCUUGUCCUUUGUUCCCUAACCUGUUCUACAUUCGCUCAAAUUUUCUCAAUACCAUCGGGAUGGCGAAAACCUACUUCCAAUAUCCCAUGGCAGGACACCGCCACACUUUCCCAAGCAUUGAUCGAUGCCAUCGCGCCACAAAUCGAUGCCUCUACUGGACAAGUGGAUGCUUUGGACUUCGAACAGAAUGCUAGCCUGUUUGCCGCCAUCGCCAAUUACGACAGACUCGUUGGCAACAAAGCGAACGAAGCUCUCGUCACGACGCAUUUAGUGACUGUUGGACAGCAGCGAUUUGAGUACUAUGGUCCAUCGUUUUCCACGUGUCUUGAGCAAUCAUUUAUCAAUGUCGUACAAUCUUCAAUGGGACAUCAGGAAGGCCAGCUGCGAACCACUUAUUCGUUAACAUGGGCACUAGCAGCUGUGUCUGCUUAUCGCGCAUAUGGCGAUCAGUAUCUUCUCGAUCUGGCGACUUCAAUUUGGAACAAGACAAGCAUUUACAUGAUCACCUUUGACGAUACACUUGAUGGCGGCCACUCGCACUUUUCUACCUUGAAGCCUGGGCUCACUCUAGUACCCGAAUGUGAUGGAUCUUCUGUCGAGGGCAGUGUGUUUGUCGAUAUGGAAAACAAGGACGUUGAAGAUGUGGAUCUUUAUUCGGUUGGGGCCUUCUUAUCGCUAUCUGUAUAUAUGUACGAAGCCACCCACGACGGACGCUACUCCACUGCAGCGGAUACCACUUCACACUUCAUGGCUUUCCUGGAGAAUCACCUGGAUCUCGGGCUCAUAAAUAUGAGCUCGUGUGAUACUUUACAUACCUCAGUUCCAAUCUCGCAGAGUGUGGGACCCGCUAUCGAAGGACUCGGUGUAUACGCAGCUAGGCUGAAGAAUCCGGAUUUGGCAUCUCAAAUGCAAACCCUGAUUCUCGGUGUGAUUGGCAAAUUUGUCAAUGGCGACGGGAUCUUUGAUCAAGACAUUGGUGACACACCUUUAGCCAACACAGGCACCCUCUACGUUGGAGGCGUGCUUGUACGAGGGUUGUAUGAGAUUUUGUCCAGGAUUGAUGCUAGUUCGGAGCUGGCAAAGCUGGUUCAGAGCUUUUUGGCGGUACAAUUCAACGCUGUACUUGAUCUUGCUCGGCCGCCGAACAGCACCCUUUUUUCGUCAAAUUGGCGUGGUCCUCCGAUGACCGAUCGCGUGCUGCCUUGGGGACAAUUGUUGGCGCUAGACGUGUUAAAUGCAGGUUUAAGCAUGACACCUAGACCCACACCGAACACGAACACUUCCACUUUGCCACUACCAAGUCCAACAUUUAGUGGCAUAGAUCCUUCAUCCUCUGUUUCAGGGGAUUCGUCUGGGACCCAUCUGAGCAUCAAGGGCAUCGUCGGUAUAAUCGUUGGAGGCAUUGCGGUUGUAACGUUGAUCGUCGUGACUUCACUGGUCGCUUUGUGGCAGAGAUCUAAACGGAACAGAACUGUCUCUCAGCCACCAACUGAGCCAGCUCCUCCACAACCCCUCGAUGGUGAAGAGCAGUACUAUGUUACCGACAUACCGAGAUUUCUCCCUGUAAGUGCGAUGUACCAGCUGCCCUCGUCUCAAGUUGGAUCGUCCGAGACUUCGACUAUGAUGCCUUCAUCAGAGAAGCGCAGGUCUGCCGUAGUUCUCAGCUAUGCGUCAACAAGUAACAAUGCCAUGGACGGACCGGAUGUUCAUCGCUCAGCUUCGCCGCUUCGACCACCGUCCGUGGAAGAAUCCAUUCCUGACCUUGUCCAACGACUGAAUCGAGCUAUGACGCGGCUACCUCCUUCUGGGGCUGGUCAUGCUGAGGAGUUGGAACCUCCUCAGUAUGAAUCUACGGCAUAUCAUACGGUAGUCUAAUGGACACGCGGUAAAGCGGCACCGAAUCCAUGCAAUUCAAUUGAAUGUCCUUGCUGGUUGUGUUGUGUUUCAAACUUUGGGUUCGGUGUUUCACGCGUACAAAAGUCACACAUACCAUGUACCUACUGCGUGAUUUCCAAUCGACUCCUGUUGUGACUCUCAGCCGUACCAAUCAAUUGGGCCAGCACCAUAGAAUCUGGGCAGAUCUGAGCCUUCAAGUUGAGCUUGAGAGGUUGCCCAAUCUGAACGCGAUCGCAGAAGCAAUUGCCGCUUUUGGACCUAUUGGAACUCUUGACCGUUGCUAGACGUCGACGAAGAACGCAGUGGCCAUAGCAGCAGACGGUUUUCGUGGCGACUUCCUUUUCUCAGUGGGAGUGCUCGGCACGAGGCUCGAAAGCCUACGAUACAGUACUACUUAGUAUCUGCUGUAGCAGAGCACGAUAGCAAACGUCGCGCCCAUGACGACUUUGAGAAGUACGAAAUGAACCUGCCUCGUUCAG